AUGGGAAUCUUUGUUGACAAUCGAUCCAUCUGUAUUUGUCCUAAUCAUAAAUUUGGUCGUCGAUGUCUUCCUACUAAUGCACUCGGUCACAUUCAUGAUAAUUCAACAUGUCAACAUGGUGGUCAAUGUAUUCCUGCAGAUCAAUACAUUGUACCGGAACAACAAUAUCACUGUAUCUGUCCACAAGGCCAAAGUAUAUGUGAGAAUGCGGGUCAGUGUUUUCAAGAUACUCCUGAUGGUCCACACAGAUCCAUAUAUAUUUUUUCUUUAUGUUAUUAUGGUACACGUUGUCAGUUUCGUACAAGUGGGCUUGGCUUAUUGCUGGAUGGCACCCUAGGUUAUCACAUGAUACCGCGCGUUCGUCUGCUAGAUCAACCAAGAAUAGUCACAGUUAGUCUUGUGUUAACUUUAGUAUUUAGGUUAAUCGGAUAUAUUGAUGAUAUUCUUACUUUAAUAACAUUCACAAAGAAACCUACAUGUGAAGUUGCUUGUGGUUUAUACCCAUUCGGUUCAUCGAUUAUUACCAUACUGACAACAAUGGUCUUUGCAUUGAAAUUUUGGAUAAAAGGCUUAUAUAUCAAAUCGAAUAUUUUUACAAAUUCAAUGUAUAGCUCUCGAUUUUUUUCUCACCAUGGAUCAAUGGCUGAAUGCAUGUGUUGCUACUGA